CUCACUUCUACAGAGUUUUCAACGACUACUAGUUCGGGCCCCAUCUAGGCUAACAAAAUUUUUUUUUGGCAAUAAAAAAAAACUUUAUGAAUAAAGGUAAAUUCUGCGUGGUGCAGUCGGAGACAAUCGUACAUGAACGCGGGUGGCAGACGGUCGCGGCAGUGGCGGAGUCCCGAGUGCCUGGGCACCGGCUAUCCUCCACCUGCCGCCCAAAGACUCCCCUUGCCACCUGCCCCCUACCCCUGUGUGGUGCAAAGGAAUGGGAAUGGUGACACCUUUCAGGUUCGGCGCUCCGAGACAUACCCUUUGAUCCGAACUCCUGAGUCCAGAUGCCAAGAAAGUAUGGCACCCAGAAGGUUGACCAACAACCGUUCGACUGAUGGCCGCGGGCGACCCUUCGACAUGGAGCACGACGACGUCCUGCAAGUCUGGCAGCAGAGCCCGCAUAAGGACACGCUGGGCUUCUAUGGCGUCGGUUCGCCCACCCAACAGCCCGAAUCGUUGAAGUUCAACCAGGUGCUGGCACAGGCCCUGGAAAAGGUGAGCGGGAUACCCAGACAGCGUCCAACCAAGCCCCAUCUCCCACCCCAACUGCGUCGCGUCCAGUCCACUAAACCUUUUCCGUCGCAACCGUGCCCAGCCCUGAUCCUCAAUCGCUGGGCGUUGCAACUGGAAUUGCAACGGAUGCCGCAUGUCCAGCAGCAACUAUCUCCACAAAAGGCGAUCAACAGCAUGUACUGCUGGGUUAAUCCGGAUCGCAAGAAUCCUUUUGGUUCCCAACAGAAGCCACUCCACAACCUCAAUCGGCAACGUCCUGUGGCGCCGAUCGCUCGACGACGGACCAAAUUCUGGUACUGUCCUCCUUGUUGUGUGCCGAGUGCUAAGACUGAUGUGCGGGAUGCAGAGGCCUUCGACCAGCCCGACCCAGCCGAGCCCAAGAACUACGAUGAGCUGUACAGUCGGCUCGUGGGCUGCUUUGAGCCAAAAGGGGAUCCGCUCUGCAAGGUCUACGAGGCUUGCUGCAAGCCGAAGAAGCAGCGGGGGAAAGAUGGAGGUGCAGGUGGCACUGGAGGCGGAGCUGGUGGUACCGGAGGUGCCGGAGGCGGAGAUGGAGAUGGCGAGGAAAGUGACUACAAAGUAGGACGUGCCAGCGGACCAGGAAGAGGAUCCGUACUACGACAUAGCAACAGCUACAUCAGUAGUCAUGGAGAAGGAGACGGAGGACAAGAAAAGGAUAGAGGCGAUAGAGGCCACAAACGCGAUAAAGGUGAUAAAGGCGAUACAGGCGAUAAAACAGAUAAAAGUGAUAAAGACGAUAAAGGUGAUAAAGGCGACAGAGGCAAGAAGGAUGCCAAAAAGCGUAAAGAGGAAGGUGAUUCAAAGGUGCCAAACGACGCAAUCAAGAAUAAAGGUGAUGGAAUCCUCAUUGAGAUAAAUAAAGAGAAAGAUCCGAAAAAGGAUAAAGACGGCGAAAGCAUAAAAUCGAAAUUUGAAUAUGUGAGAAGGGAUAAGAAAUACAAGACCCCAAGGGAUGAGCCCCCCAAAAAAGGAUAUAAGGAAGAAGACACAAUAGUGGAUGCACCACCUUUAGAUGAAGAGGUUGAAGAUUAUAAACCGGUCAGACUUCCUUCGCACCGGGCUUCUAGGACACCUUCUAAAGUCCAAAUGGAACAGCCGCCGCCAGAAGAUGAACCACAGAUAACAAAGGAUCAGCCCACCAAAAAACCGCACAAGAAGAGGGGCCAUUCCAAGGAAAAGAAGUCGGAUUCUCCCUGCCGGGAAAAAGACAAGAAAUCAUGUCCACCAUGUCCACCUCCAGAGUGCAAGUGCGAGAUCUGCACCUUCAUGGAGCGCCGCCGCAAGGAACCCGAGGCGCCCUUCAUCCGGGAAAUGCGGCGAGCGGAGAAAAGGCGCCAACUACGCAACUACUAUCGUCAAAUGUGCCACAGGAACUACAUGGCAUGCCGCAUUGACGAGAAGUAUCGCGCGCCGCUUCGCAAAUGUGACCCCAUUCAGUGCGAGGACUUCUUCUGCGGGAACACCCGCCUCUACGAGCACUGCGAGUGCCUGGGUGCCGUCCAGGAGCUCCAGAAACUUCUCAAAGGAACCUCAAAUAAACAGCUCCUCGAGUACGUUGAUAAUCUCUGCCAAAGGAUCUGCCAGCGGAUGUGCGAUUGCAUCCUCACCUAGUCUAUGUUUUACGUUGUUUUGUGGUUUUAUUUUAAAAGUAAAUUGUAUUUCAGCAACUA